GCCCAAGCGUGAGACAAUCCUAAAUACUUUUGGUCUGGAACGCUGGGAUAGGGAGUCACGCAGGGUGAUUUCCCAGCAUUCUUUGUCGAGCUCCAUGGGUGACCGGAAAAGUGUUUACGCCUGCGCAUUGUCAGAGGGAGGCGCCCGACUACUAACUCCAGGUUUGGGCUGCAUAGACAGGUACGGCCGAAGCUGCAACGGAAUGAGACAUGGCGGAGAGCGUGCUCGUUCUAGGCGGACCCAGGCAAAGAAACAUUCCGGCAGUGAAGAUUAUCCCUGAGGUCUAAAAAGAGCAAGACUGUUGGUAUAAUUCCGGUUGCCUGUUCACGUCCCACUCCUGUUUAUCGGAGAGGGAUUGUGAAACCAUUUGCAGCUGAGUUAGCAAGAUGGGAAGAUGCUGAAUAGUAAAGAUCCAUAAUAGUUAGUAACGUCAAUCCAGAUGAAAAACAGAUUCUAAAAACAUGACUUCCUGAGGGGAAUGUAUAAAUGAAGAAAUAGUGUGCUUGAGUGCCAAAGCAGUGAUGAAACGGAGAUGGCUGUCAUAUGCAAGUUGAACACUGCUCACCUAGUUAUCUCAGGAUUUGAUUUUGAUUUAGUUCACGAGAGCUCUGGAGAAGAUGGCUUAUGUUAACCUAAAGGAAACUGCACUAAUUGUCGGAGUGGUGGUGGCUUGCUAUUGGAACAGUCUUUUUUGUGGUUUUGUUUUUGAUGACGUUUCAGCCAUUUUGGACAACAAAGACUUGCAACCUUCUACUCCUUUAAAAAAUCUCUUUCUGAAUGACUUCUGGGGGACUCCUAUGUCUGAGGAGAGAAGUCAUAAAUCAUAUAGGCCGCUUACUGUCCUCACGUUCCGUUUGAACUACCUGUUCGGCGAGUUAAAUGCUAUUUCUUACCACUUCCUGAAUGUCAUCUUUCAUGCAGUUGUGUGUAUAGUCUUCCUCAAGGUCUGCAAGCUCUUCUUGGACAACAGGAGCAGUUUGGUUGCAUCCUUAUUAUUUGCAGUACAUCCAAUACAUACUGAAGCGGUAACUGGCGUAGUGGGCAGAGCAGAGCUUCUCUCAUCAAUCUUUUUCCUAGCUGCUUUUUUGUCAUAUACCAGGUCCAGAGGGCCUGAAAAUACUAUAGUGUGGACUCCUAUUGCAGUGACUGUUUUUCUGGUGGCUGUUGCUACAUUAUGUAAGGAACAAGGAAUAACAGUGGUGGGAAUUUGUUGUACCUAUGAAGUAUUUAUAGCUCAAGGGUAUACCUUGCCUACUCUUUGGGACACAGUGUUACAGAUCCUCCGAGGGAAAAGCAGCAUUCCUUAUUGUAUGCUUCAAAUGCUAUUGAAGCUAAUAGUUCUGAUGUUCAGUACUCUACUCCUUGUUGUGAUCAGAGUCCAGGUUAUUCAGUCACAGUUGCCAGUGUUUACAAGGUUUGAUAACCCAGCUGCUGUGAGUCCAUCUCCUGCAAGACAGCUAACUUUCAACUACCUCCUUCCUGUAAAUGCCUGGUUGCUUCUAAAUCCCUCAGAACUGUGUUGCGAUUGGACAAUGGGUACCAUACCAUUGGUAGAGUCUCUUCUAGACAUCAGAAAUAUUGCCACGAUCACCUUCUUUUGCUUUUUGGGAACUUUGCUUGUCUUCAGUCUCUGGUAUCCUGGGGAUUCUUCCAAGAUUGUAUUGAUGGCACUUUGUUUAAUAGUGUUGCCAUUCAUCCCAGCAUCCAACCUUUUUUUUCCUGUUGGCUUCGUAGUAGCAGAGCGAGUGUUAUAUGUUCCCAGCAUGGGAUUCUGCAUGCUAGUAGCCCAUGGGUGGAAAAAGCUCUCAAACAACAGUGUCCUAAGAAAACUAUCAUGGGUUUCUCUCUCUCUGGUGCUGUUUGUUCAUGCCUUAAAAACAUUGCACAGGAACUGGGACUGGGAAUCGGAAUAUACAUUGUUUAUGUCUGCUUUGAAGGUAAAUAAGAACAAUGCUAAACUCUGGAAUAACGUGGGUCAUGCUUUAGAAAAUGAAAAGAACUUUGAAAGAGCUUUGAGAUUCUUCAUACAAGCCACCCAAGUGCAGCCAGAUGAUAUUGGUGCCCACAUGAACGUAGGAAGAACAUACAAAAAUUUAAACAGAACCAAAGAAGCUGAAGAAUCUUAUUUGGUUGCAAAAUCAUUGAUGCCACAAAUUAUUCCAGGUAAAAAAUAUGCUGCCCGCGUCGCUCCUAACCACCUGAAUGUUUAUAUCAAUCUUGCAAACCUGAUUCGAACAAAUGAGUCUCGCCUUGAAGAAGCAGACCAGUUGUAUCGCCAAGCCAUUAGCAUGAGGCCAGACUUCAAACAAGCAUACAUAAGCAGGGGUGAAUUGCUUCUAAAAAUGAACAAACCUCUGCAAGCCAAGGAAGCUUACCUUCGAGCCCUCGAACUGGAUAGGACCAAUGCAGACCUGUGGUAUAACUUGGCAAUUGUUUACAUUGAACUGAAGGAUCCAAUAGAAGCUCUGAAGAACUUCAACAGGGCAUUAGAACUGAAUCCCAAUCAUAAACUAGCACUGUUCAAUUCGGCAUUGCUGAUGCAAGAAUCUGGUGAUGCUAGGCUUCGGCCUGAAGCUAAGAAAAGACUCCUGAAUUAUGUGAAGGAAGAGCCUCAAGAUGCAAAUGGCUAUUUUAACUUGGGCAUGCUGGCAAUGGAUGACAAAAAAGAUGCUGAAGCAGAAACCUGGAUGAAAAAAGCCAUAAAGCUCCAACCAGGCUUCCGAAGUGCUUUGUUCAAUUUGGCACUUCUUUAUUCUCAGACUGCGAAGGAGUUGAAUGCUUUGCCAGUUUUAGAAGAGCUGCUAAGAUACUACCCUGAUCACACCAAAGGUUUGAUCCUGAAGGGUGACAUUUUGAUGAACCAAAAGAAAGACAUACAGGGAGCCAAAGAGUGUUUUGAGAAAAUUCUGAAAAUGGAUCCUAACAACGUACAAGGGAAGCACAACCUUUGUGUGGUUUAUUUUGAGGAGCGAGACUUAAUAAAAGCAGAGAAAUGUUUGGUGGAGACACUGGCCUUAGCCCCACACGAGGAGUACAUUCAACGUCACUUAAGCAUAGUCCGAAGUAAAAUUGCUUUGCUCAGUACUGGGGAAGCAGCUGUUGUUCCCACAGAAAAGACUGCCCCUGUGGACAGGGGGGAAUCUCCAUUUGGAAACUUGAAAGGGACAAAAAAUGAAAACUUGAAAGGGGCAACAAAUGAACAGAGAAGCGCUCGGACCACAAAUAGUAAUGGCAACAAAGGGCAGGCAAAGCCCAAGAAACAAGUGGAGAAAAAUUCCACAGACAAAGAGACAAAAAAGAAAUCGGCAAAAGAAAUAAAAGACAUUGAGAAAAAAAGGGUUGCUGCUCUGAAAAGACUGGAAGAGAUUGAGCGUAUAUUAAAUGGUGAAUAGUUUCUUGGGACACCUCCAGUGCUGAAGGUUAUUGACACACCAACUUCCAAGGUUCUGUGUGUGCAUGUGUUCAGUCAAAGUGACUACUAGGCAGCUUUUGAAUUUGGAAAGAAUGUUGAAAGCAUAUCAUCUUUUCAAAAGAGAAAAGCAGGAGAAGGCUGUUGCUGCUGCACAAAGAAAUAAUAUGUUACAAAAAUAAUGGAUUUUAAUCUAAUAUUUUGGUUUAGGGUUUUAAGUGACCCUUGGGGAUUUUCCAGCAACAGCAGUUGAGUUCUAAUACUGCUGUUUAGAAUGACAGCCUGUUUCCCAGGAAGCUAGCCCUUCUGAACUGCAGUGGUGCUUGCUUCAGAGUCAACCUAUUUUGGUCCAGGCUGCAAAUUACUAGCAAUCAGGUAUCUUCAGUUCUUACCAUUCUCAAAAGAAUUGUCAAGAGCUAGAAGGCAAAUUUUUAAAAGGUACCUCGGAUAUGAUGACUCCUAGGCUGACUAAGGGAAAUUCACUGGUGCAAGUGGUGUAGGAACACAACUUUAAUUUGGAUAACUUUUUUAUUUCCGUUUUCUCAUCAAGUCAUCCAUUUUUCUAGGUAUAUGUUAUACAUCACACAACCCACUUCUGCAUACACCCUGAAAUCAUAAGUUUAUCAAAAUAUGUUGAGUGUUAACUAGCAAAUACCAUUAAUAUUAUGUACAUGCAUGCAUUUGGUAGUUUUUCAGUCUUAUGAAAGUGCAGUGGUUCCCUAUACCAUGGAUUGGUGGGGACCCCCCCCCCAAAAAAAACUAAGGGUUGUAUCCAACAGUGUGAAUCAGCUAAUAGUAAGGCUUUUGUCUGCAAAACAAGGAAAGAAGCAAUUUCCAGUAAUUUCCCUGUCCCCUACAACCCCCAUGCCAUUCAUAUAUACUCGAAGCAUUUUCUAAUCCUGCAGAGCUGAUUUAGGGAGGGUGCCAGAGUCUGUAGGGUGAAAGUGGACUCACUGAAAAUUACUUGCCUUCCUAUUCUGUUGACAAAAGCCAUACCCUAGCUGAGCGACACUGUUGAAUGCAACCCUAAGCUUAUUGAGAUUCCCUGCCCAGUUAUGUCAUUUAUUACAAUCUUAUGGUGCUUUUGUGUUUUAGAAACAAAUGUGAUUGUUUCUCAGCAUUCACCCACCCUGCUGUAAGGAAUCACUUGAUGCGAAACCUCAUUUAUUUCUAACUCCCAGUGUGUGUGUGUGUGUGUGUUAGAAUUUUUGGUGGUGGUUGCGGUUUUUUUCCUUUUUCAAUUAAGCAUUCUAUGUGAGAUAUCCCAUGCAUUUAAGUUUCUCACUUAUGAAUUGACUCUCUAAGGAAUGGCAAACCACCACUGCUUUAUUUGCAAUCACUGUAAAAAAAAAAUUGAACAGAUGAGAUGACACCAGCGAUUGUCUGUUGUUCAAGGUAGUUCUUCCAGGAUUAAAGUUGCAUUCCUGUGCACCCUUU